UAUCUUUCAUGACUUUGCACAUCCAUAAAACAGAAAAAUUGGUCUUUUAGUUUAAAGCUGUUACAUUGCUCAUAAAUUUUUCCUCAUUUUACAGGCCUCCUUCAGGUACUGAAAGGUGGCAAUAAGGUGUCCCUGGAGCUUUCUCUUCUUUGAGCUGAGAUGCUUCAUCAGUCUCAGGGGAUUGGCUGUGAUGGUCCUGCUCUGCUGUGGGUGCUGGCAGGAAUGCAGCAGUGGCACCAGGCAGACUUGGCAUCUCCCAGCACGUGUGUGCCCACACCAUUCCUGCAAUUCCCCCCACCCCCGCCUGUGAGUGGGAAACUGCAUCUAUAAAAGAAGCCUCGGCUUGAAUGCAGAGACAGUGCACUGAACAGCUCCGGAGCCAUGUGCCAGGAACCCCAUGUGGCUUGGAGCCCCGGGACACUCCCCACCCAGGCACUCUCCUCCAUGGCCCCCUCCAUCUGCCUGCAGCCCCGCGGACCCGCAGCCUCUCCGAUGAGCCGCUGGCCAUCGCCGUGCAGGUCACACCUUGUCACAGCUGUACAACUACAAUAUCUUCUAUACCUUUGCACAUCCAUAACACAGAAAAUAAAGGGCUUUGCCUUUUCUAUUCCACUCCCAACCUUUUUGCUCAAGAAAAGGAAUGGUGUUUUUUGCAUUAGUCUUUGGUGAAACAGGUCAUGUGCAAAAUGCACAGUUAUGUUUCUUCUAGGGUGGUUUCUAUUCCUCUAAUACUUGACAGUGCUUCCUGUGUCACUGCAGUCUCUACAUGCAUAUGCUGUCCUCAGGUCAUACUAAUGGUCUCUAAUGACAAUUGUCUCUAAUGAGAGAGAGACAAAUUGCUUUUGGAGCAGCACAGCUCUUCUGGUGACUGUGUCAUUGCAAUGGAAACAUCUGACUUCCAUGCUGCUGGAAGUGUGUAAGAAUGGCUGCUAUGGCCACAAUGCUGGGCUGUCUCUGGUUAAGCCUUGGGAAAGGCUGUUUGCCUUCUUUGUUAUUGGGGUGAGUAUUGCGCAAUAAAGAGUCUGAAAUUUGGAAGCCAUGUAAUCAUUUGUUGUGCUUUGGUUAGAAGCAGAUUUUGCAUCACUCUCCCAUCCCAGGGUGGAUCAAGCGCCCUGUUGGUGGAAAGGCCCUGAGGGCCUUCUGCCCCUCCUCAGCAGAGAAGUCACACUCACUCCAAAACAUCUGUGUACAAUGAACUGCCACCAGUACCCCCAACAGCUUUGCAAGGACAAAAUUGGGGGCCAGGAAGCACCAUUUCUGUCAGAUCUGGAGGGCCCUCCUUUGUGAACACCAUCACCUCGUGCAAGCUGAACUAGUUGUCCUGGGUUUCUCCACGUUGCAGUUGUCCUCCAGGCCAGCUUGGUACACAUGGUGCAAACCUCAGAGCCAGCAGCUGCCUCAGGCCUGUCACGUUUUCAGCACCUGGGCGUCCCCAUUGUAGCCCUUCCCUGCACAGCAUGUUUCAAAACAGAUGUUAUCAGCAGCACUGUCUGACACCUCUGGGCCUGCCCUAGCAUGGAUAAGGUUCUUAGUUUGAGCGUGGGCUAAAAGAGAAUGUGACAGAGCAGGAGGGAGGAAGGAACUUAAGUCUCAGGGUAGCUCAUGGCAAUGCCAUGUGUUGUCACCUCACAAAAGCUGCAAGACUGCAUGUCCCAGGACAUGCCAGGAGAGCAGCGCUGGCUGGUGGGGCUGUCUCUGCCCUGAGAUGUUCCCAGGCCUGCAGCUUGGCUGAGUUAGAGGAAAAAAGAGCCUGCAGGAGAAACCCAGGAAAGAGGGAUGCAGCUGUAUCUCUGUCCAGUACAGCAGGCCUACUGUAGAGAACUUCGAGCACAGCAGAUAAGCACACUAUGCAUCAAAAAGUGUCUGAAGAGAGCAUCUGCCUUUUGGAAAUCUUAGUAUCAUAGAAUAGUUCAAGUUGAAAAGGACCUUAAAUGUCACACAGUCCAACCCUCCAUGCAAUAAGCAAGGACAUGUUCAACUAGAUCAGAUUCUCAGAGCCCUGUCCAACCUGGUGUUGGAUGUUUCCAGGCACGGGACAUCCAUUGCCUCUCUGGGCGACCCACGACAGUGUUUUACUACUCUCAUUGUAAAAAACUUCUACCUUAUGUCUAAUCUGUAUCAACUGUCUUUUAGUUUAAAGCCAUUGCCCUGCUAACAAAUUUGUCCCCAUUUUACAGGCCUUCUCCAGGUACUGAAAGGUGGCAAUAAGGUAUCCCUGGUGCUUUCUCUUCUUUGAGCUGAGAUGCUUCAUCAAUGUCAGGAGAUUGGCUGUCAUGAUCCCGCCCUGUCGUGGGUGCUGGCAGGGACGCAGCAGUGGCUCCAGGCAAAUCUGGCAUCUCCCAGCACGUGUGUGCCCACACCAUUCCUGCCUCAAUUCCCCCCACCCCCGCCUGUGUGUGGGAAACUGCAUCUAUAAAAGAAGCCUCGGCUUGAAUGCAGACAGUGCACUGAACAGCUCCGGAGCCAUGUGGCAGGUCAGUGCCCGCUCCCUGAGCCGGGCCAGCUCCCGUGCCUGGCAGAGGCGGCUGCCCUGGCCCGGCCCCGCGCCUGCAGCCCCGCGGAGCCCCGGGGCAGCCCCCGCGCAGGGACUCUCCUCCAUGGCCCCCUCCAUCCGCCUGUCGCCCGCCGCCCGCAGCCUCUUCGAUGAGCCGCUGGCCAUCGCCGUGCAGGGCCUCGGCCCGCGGCAGCAGGUCACCCUGCGGACGUCCUUGCGGGACGAGACCGGAGAGCUCUUCCAGGCCACUGCCCGCUACCAGGCGGGCGACGACGGGCAGCUGGACCUCGCCCGCUGUCCUGCGCUGCCGGGAGGCAGCUUCUCCGGCCUGGAGCCCAUGGGGCUGCUCUGGGCUUUGCAGCCCCAGAAGCCUUUCUGGCGCCUGGUAAAGCGGGACGUGCAGAGCCCCUUCCUCCUGCAGCUGCAGGUCUUGGAGGGCCACGGGGAGCGCCCCGGGCGGCUCCUGGCCCAGGCGCAGCACGAGCGGGCGUUCCUGCGGGACGGGGUGCGGAGAGUCCCGGUGCGAGAAGGCAGGAUCCGGGCCACGCUUUUCCUGCCUCCCGGAGAAGACACCUUUCCAGGGAUCAUUGAUAUACAUGGACUUGGAGGAGGUCUUUUUGAGCCCAGAGCAAGCCUGCUGGCCAAUCAUGGCUUUGCCACACUUGCCCUGGCUUAUUAUCAAUUUGAGGAUCUGCCCCAGGAACCAAAGGAACUCCACCUGGAAUAUUUUGAAGAGGCAGUGAACUAUAUGCUGCAGCACCCACAGGUAGGAACAUCCGUUUCCUCUGGCUUCCAGGAACUGCUCCUCUAAAGUCCUCUCACUUUGCCCAAGUCAUCUUUG